CGACAUCUUCACACACACACACAGCCAAUAUCACAUCUGCCUCCAUAAGUUAUUAUUUAUUUUCUUUUUGUGUUACUUUACAUAUUCUUGGUUACCUUUAUAUUAUAUACAUGCAUACCUGUAUACUUCUACGCUUAUAUAUCCUCUAUUUUACCGGCACUCAUGAGGUUUAUUAGUGCUUUGUCGCUGUCGUUAUCAGUAUCAGUACUAUUAAAAGGCUAAAAAAUAGGUAAACCGACAUCAUAUCCAAACAGAUACUUUUAAUUCGGUGAUUAUGCUGGGAGAUGGAGUAUAAACAGUGGACUCUCUGAUCAUCGCGGAAACAGAGCUGUAUUUUCCUGCUGUAAUCUUAUCCAUCUUUAAAGUACAGUUCUUCCUCAAACCCUCAGUUUGCCAGUCUAUUGUUCGGGCUCUGUACUGUAGGACGCUUCAGUAUUGCUGGGUCAUGCGAAAGAGAGAGGAGAUCGGUUGCUCGGUGUCGAUUGUUAGUGUCUGAGGAAUCGACACCAGUGGGUUUUCCCUCUUGCUCUUGGGUUUCGUUUUGUCUGAUCCCAGACCCGAAUAUUGAACAGGAAGUCUGAAAAGGUGCUUUAAACGACGGGGGAAUGCGUAAAAGCUGUCUGUAGAGCAGCUUCUGGAGAGCGGAGCCAUGGCUCUGGAGUCCAUCCGUAUGAGCUCCACGGACCUCAUCAAGAAGGAACCCCUGGACUAUGGCGGCUUCGGCCAAGUCUUCCUGUGCUACCAUCAGAGCCAUGCUCUGGUGGUCUUGAAAACAGUUUACACCGGGCCACCACGCAAUGAGAGCAGCAAAAAAUCACUCAUUUAUGAAGGGAACAUAAUGCACAAACUGAACCAUGAACGCAUUGUCAAGCUGCUGGGAGUGAUUUUAGAAGAUGGCGCCUACUCUCUAGUGAUGGAAUAUGUCCCUAAAGGCAACUUACUUUCUAUGCUAAACAAUGUGUCCGUGCCCAUUUCAGUUCAGGGAAGAAUUAUUUUAGAGAUCAUUGAAGGGAUGGUGUAUUUAACCAAUAAAAAUGUGGUGCACAAGGACCUGAAGCCUGAAAACAUCUUGCUGGAUGACGAUUUCCAUAUUAAGAUUGCGGACCUGGGCUUGGCUACCUGCCAGACCUGGAGCAAGCUGACCAAGGAGGAGACCCGGAGACAGAGCCGUCUGGGGAACAAGUGUGCUGUGGGCGCCGCCGGCACCCUCUGCUACAUGGCCCCCGAGCACCUGGAGAGCAUCCACGCCAGGUCGACGGAGAAGUCGGAUGUGUACAGCUUCGCCGUCGUCGUCUGGGUCAUCCUGACCGGCCGGGAGCCGUACGAAAAUGCACGUAAUGAAGAGCACGUGUGCAUGUGUGUGCGAAAUGGUGAUCGCCCAGACUUGAGCGCCGUUCCCCGCUCCACACCGCAGCCGAUGACUACACUCAUGGUGCAGUGCUGGCACCAGGAUCCCAACCAACGGCCCAACUUCGCAGAGUGUUACGAUAUUUUCAGACCCUUCUAUGAAGAGCAGCUGGAAAACAGCGUGGAGCAGGAUGUGCUCCGCCUUAAGAAUACGUAUGCAGGUCCAGAAGCUUUCGUGGAGAAGGUGAAGUCGCUUACAACAGAGGAUUCAAGUUUACCAGCAGACAGCCCGGCUUCCCUGCGGAGCUCCGCGGACCGGCCCGUGGAGGCCAGCGUCGAGGACCUGGAUUUCCACUCCGCGGUCGGCUCCAUCCAGGCGGACGCCGCCCCGGACCUGGGCCUGCUGGAGAGGAAGCUGGAGGACGAGCUGAACUACCACAACUUCGGCAGCCGGUCUCCCGGACCCCCUCCUGCGCUGGGCCAGAGCCAGCCCUUGGGCGGCUCGGCCAGCGCCGGGGUGGCGCCGGGGAGCCCCUACGGACUCUUCCCCCCGGCGGCCCACCGCGUGAACUCCGGCCCCACGGCCUUCCCCGUUCCGGAGUCGGGAGCCGCGGACUUCACAGGGGGGGCGCCUUUCAACCCCGCCGGCUUCUCUCCGUUUCAGGACACAGGAAAACCUGUAUCUAAUAAUAACAUGGCCUGGCCUAUAUGCAAUAAUCUAGAAAUUCCAUACACUCCACAAGCAGGCAGCUGGGUAAUACAGAAUGUCAGUGGGCUGCAGAUUGGAGGUAACAAUCACAUGAGCAUUGCAAGUCAGUCUUUCGGUUCACCCCAUCAUCCAUCAGGCGCGCUGUGCGAUAAUAUCUCAUCAGAAAUGUUGCAAAAAUACGAGAAUUACCCAGUGCAGGAGCAGCACCUGGAGCUGCUCAGGGAGAACCUGGGCAGGCAGUGGAAGCACUGCGCCCGCAGGCUGGGGCUGACGCAGGCGGAGAUCGAGGUGAUCGACCACGACUGCGAGCGGGACGGACUGAAGGAGAAGGUCUAUCAGAUGCUGGAGAGGUGGAAGAUGAGAGAAGGCUGUGCGGGCAGUACUGUGGGAAAGCUUUACAGAGCCCUUGGAGACUCGCUCACUGAUGAGCUGAUCAAUAGAUUGCUGCAUGUGUGCCAGGGAAUGUCUACCCCAUAAACUGAGCCACAGCACGUGUCAAACCAUAUUUUAGUCAUACAGGAGAACAUGUGACUUAAACUGCCUUUUCGUAUGGACAAAGAGACGUAUAUAUUAAAAUAUAAUGGAAAGAGACUAUAGGAGAAUCGCUUUCAAAUGUUUAAUUCUUUGCUACUCAAUAAAAACUUUAUUUUUCUGCGGGGGCAGGGGCUGUAUGUUCAGACAUACAGGCAGGAGUCUUCGAGUCUUCGGUACUUGCACAUUCUAUAAUCUCCAUGCUAUCUUGGCACCGCCAAAAAUCUCAACCAAAAUCUGUACAAUAAACAUAAAAUGUCAGAAACUGAUUGUUUAGCGUCCCAACCAACGUCCACAGGGGCAUACAAAAUAAAGUAAGCAAUAGCAAGUCCGUUGCUCCCAUUUCAGAAGUAUGACGAGCUUCUUGAGUUCGUCAGCCAGUUUGGUACUUCUUGGGUACAUUUGGCUAUUUUGGUCUAUGUUGGGGGCAAUGCAUGGUGACAUGCAAAAAAAAAAGCUACAAGGCACCAGCUGUUCCCCCCAGCAGAAACCUUUUCCCAAUGCCACGAUAUCUCAACUGGCGAAGUGAAAGCGAAUGUGCAUGGGAUUAUAUUAGUAUGCGGAUCAGGUUGUGUGAACCCAUUCAUCCAUUCAAGCUUCUCAUAACCGCCUUGUCCGAUUCAGGGUCAUGGGGGCGCACAAGCCUUUUUCGGCCAGCAACUGGCGCAAGGCCGGACACACAGUGGGCAGGACACAUCCUUGCCGCAUCCGAGAUUUUCUGAACUUUCAAAUGUUCCAACUUUCAACGUGAAGCUAAAUAUCGCGAAGCUCCAACCAAAUUUGUGCUAAGAUCGAUUUCUGGUUAUAUAUUCCGACUUUUUCAUAGUGUUCAUUUUUUGUUUUAGGCUUUUUUUUCCGAUGCAAAGAUGUCUAUUUUUUCUUACUUGACGUAGGUGUAGCGGAGCUAGGUCGGAUACGGUGAUGUCAGCGCCCUCCCUGCGCGUAGCAGGGACCUCAGCUGCCUGGGCUGAGGGAGGUUUCCUUUAGCUCAUGCGGCUGGUUCCCUGUUGCCUUACACCGGAGACACGGGUUCACGCCGGUCACAUACGCAAUAUCUGUAUUUAUGUGUGAUUGUAAACAAUAGGUAGGAGUUCAUGUUGGGUUCUCCAGGACCCCGUGUUCACUCCUAAAAUCGCGUGGCUCAAGUCUGUGAACGGACGCUGGUUAUAGUUCGACGCUAUAAGAAGUUAUUUUAUCAAUGGUGGUUUGAUCUAUUUCUAUUUUUUAUAAAGAUUGGAUUUCUGUUUGUGUUAAACCUUGCUGCUGUCAUGGAUGCAUGAGUCUGCUUAAUCGAUUAUUGUGCUUUACGUGCUAAAGUAUAAAAACGCCAUCAUGUCCUUCCUAAUGACUGUGUAUUGCAAAUGCGGAUGUAUUGGUGCACUGUGACUGUAACCCCAAGACAUCCAUUGAUAUUGAGUGUGUCAGGAUAUGUAGAAAGUUCUUGCCUGAUCAAAACACAAUAUGAAUAAAAACAUUUUAGUAA